AUGGUGAGGGAGCACCAUUCCAUAGAGAUAUCACCAUGUACAUUCAAAAGCAAUAGGGUGUGUGGGUGUGAGCCUGAAUACUACUUUAAGAAAUUAGGCGACUUGGGAUGGGAAUGUUCUAGCUGUAAGAAGUGUGGAUCUGGGCAGCUGAUAGCUGCGAAAUGUGCUGGGGAACAGAAUACAAAGUGUCAAUGCAAAGAAAACCAUUAUGCUGUCAAGGGCAAAAACCUCUGUGAGCUGUGUGUUAAAUGUCAGGAUGAGUGUCCACACUUGUGCAAAUCCAGCACACCUCCUAACCCUUUAAGGUCUGCCAACCCAACUAGUCCUUCAGGCUCAAUACCUCAAAUACUGGUCCCUGUGGGUGCAUGCAUCAUGGUUCUAGCACUGGGAGUGUUCAUGUUAUACGAGGGCAUCAGACUUUGGAAGAAAAAGAGGCAUGCUUUGUCAUCGCAGAAAUCAUCACCUGCUACCGAAGAUCAGACAUUGAUUAUCACAGUGGCACCAGACACAGAACACGAUGAGAGCAUUCCUUUCACAAACCAGCCGUGCGGAACAGAACAAAAUGGAAAACUCCCAGACUGCAUCCCAAGAGAGAUCAAAUUUCACGAGUUCUUCUAUUUUGUGCUGGACGAGGUGCCUUUUGGAAGAUUUAAAGAGCUUGUACGUCGACUUGGUGUUUCUGAGCAGAGCAUUGACAGGGCGGCACAAGACCACAGGAACAGCAAAGAUGCCCACUACCAGAUGCUGAAGGUUUGGAGUGACAGCGGCAGUGGAGGAGGGAACAGUGUUUUGCCAUGUCACCGCAUCCAGAUGUUCGUAGACACUCUGAAGGACAUGUAUUUGGUUAACUGUGCAGACAACAUCGAGAGCAGGUUCCUUUCAUGGGACCAAAGCACUUCACACUGAGGCCAUUAGAAGAGAAAGAAGAAAAGGGCAUUAAAUAGAGAACUUAACCUCCACCGAUUUCCAUUGGAUUCCUUUGAGAGUGGAAGUGCGUCUACAGCUGUUUUUUGGCCAUGUCAUAUUUCCAGUUGUCUGAAGAUUUCACACUAAAUUUUUUAUGAAUAUGCUUAUGUUUUAUGUUUGUAUGCAAGCUUUUUUUUUAGUGCUGUCAAAGUAAAUGUAUCUGAAUGAGGGUGGUGGGGUGGUUGGGGUUUGGGUUGUAAUAUUUCAGAUAUGUAUUGGAGAUAACAUAAUCAUGCAUAUUCUCUCCAAGUUCUCCUUAUCAUAGCACAGAUCUCACAAUAACAUGUCCAGAUCACACACCUACACACAAACACACACACACACACACAAACACACACACACACAUAUACAAUGUUCAACAUUGUAAGAAAGGUUUUUGUUCUGUUGGUUUUUUAAG